AUGGGAGAAACUCAUCAUUGUAGUGCAAUUUUUACCAAAACUUUGGUACAAAAGAAGGAAGAUCCCGGAGCCUUCACAAUUCCAUGCACAGUCGGUAAGAACAAGUUUGCAAAAGCUCUAUGUGAUCUUGGAGCAAGCAUCAAUUUGAUGCCACUUGCUAUAUUCAACAAGAUGGGUUUGGGCACUCCCCAUCCCAUGUCUAUGAGAUUACUUAUGGUGGAUAGAACCGUAAAGAGACCCUUUGGCUUUCUUUAUGAUGUACUUGUGAGAGUGGAACAGUUUGUUUUCCCGGCCGAUUUUGUGAUCUUGGAUUGCGAAGUUGACUUUGAAGUGCCCAUAAUCUUAGGAAGACCAUUCUUUGCUACACGGCGAGCCCUCGUGGAUGUGGAGAGAGAUGAUUUGAAAUUUUGA